GACAAUCAAGUAAGUUCACACUCUUACACAAUGGCAUCCACUACUGAUUGCUGAUGAGACUGAACACAUGUAUCUGUUUGUCUGUGUACACUGCAGUCCCUCAUAGUCCACUGGGAGAUGACCGUGUGAUCGGCUGCACUCUGGGCAAAGCGUUUUUUCUGAGCAUGGUGUUCAUGGCUGUACUUGGGUGCAUUCUGUUUUCGGUGAUGUGGAUGAAGAAGAAACAUAAGGGAACGAGGAACCCGCUGCAGAGAGGCUGUGUGGCCCAGGGCAAACACCCCAAUGUGAGCUUACGGUGGUUCCAACUGGCGAGUCACCGUAGCGCCAUGCAGCACACAGAGGAAGUACCACACAACAAUGAAGAAUAUGGGACCUGCAAUCCUUCCUUCAGCUUCUCAGAUAAUCCUGGCAUCUACACCCACCAAGACCUCCCCUCCUGCCGGGGGCCCGUUCCACCCAGAACGACCGCUGCACUCGACACCAGCUUCAUCCCCACUGAAACUGCUCUCAGCCCUGUGAUCUUCAAUAACAAUGUUUUUACACCACCCAAAAGGUCGUCUAGUUUGCCAACCUUUAACUCAGCCGCUGUGGAUGUGAGCCCCACACAUAUGGCUCAAGAUGCUGCUCCAAGUGAAGAAAACCUCAGCUCCCCCACUGAUAUGUCCCUUGACCUUACCGAGGCCCUACCUAACACUAGUUCUGAACCUACAACCCCUGAUGCCACUACCUCUCCACCCUUCACCUGUCCUGAUUCACAGACUACACAAACAAACACCAGCGAUGACCCUGCUGACCCUGUUACCAGCCCCUCCUCUCAAUCCAGUGUUCCAUUCAGUCAUACCCGAAUUGCUUCAGCAGAAAUAGACAAACCCUUCCGCAAGCCUCGUGUGAAGACACCCCCAUAUUCACCUUUACUGUCUUCACCCCUCCCCAAGCAGACGAGCACGCCCCCGCCCACCCCAGAGCAUACACCUUUAAAAGCCAAGCUUGAUAGCAUAGAUAGGUCUCCCCUUGAUACACCUCCAGUAACACCAGAGUGUACAGCCAUGACUCUAAGCACAGAGGUAGACCAACCGUCCACAUCGCUGGACCAAACAGAGCACUCAGAGUACCCAGGUGGGGCUGCAGACGCUGGUAGUCCGUCUCAGGACAGGAGGCCCUUGACAAACUUGGGAAACACGCAGGACGGACAUGGGGCGGGGGACGUUGAUGAUGAUGGAUUUGAGGUAAAUAAAGAAGCAGACAAGAACAGCGAGGAUGACGAUGAGUUGGAGUCAGAUGAAGAAGAGCUGCUGAGAGUGAUGGCUCGUUGUAAUCCCAUUUUUAUCACAUUUAGUAAGUGAUGUCACUAUAAUAUUGCGGGACUGAGUGUGACAGUGCGGACGACAGAGAAUGGAAGAGGUUAGGUGAAGAUGGAUGACAGCGGACACGUCAUCGAUAAAAGAAGACAUGCAUCAUUUCACACACUGUAUACUGUAUAUGUAAACAUAAACAUUUAAUAACACUCAAUUAUAAGACAUAAUGUUGAUCCAUUUCAACCAUAUAGUUAGCCUAGAUAACAGGAACAGUAAAAAGAAGAGCCUGAAUCAGUAAUGAAUCAAAUAUAUUGUCUGUGAAUCUUUACA